GGCACCAACUACAAGGGACGUCUCAAUCUGGUGUGACCCUGAGUAAGGAAAGCUUCCCCUUGCCCCUUGGAAACCCAUCCACAGCACGCCACAGCCUGCACCUUGCAUAAGCACCUGCGUAUAAGAGCAUGCAGUUUGGACUUUUGGUGACCUGGCCAGCUGGGCGUGGGCGUUAAUCCGCAGUAUCAGCCGCUGUCAGCAUAGGUCCCACGGGGUGCGGCCGGCGGUUGGCAACCGGGCAGGUGGCCAACGCUCCAAGACAAGAAUAGCUUUUCAGAACGUGCUAACGCAACCUGUACAAAAGACCAAUCGCCGUGUGAUUCAAGGUGCUCUCGGUCACGGCCUUCGACUCGCUUGCGAGGAGUGGCAAGGAAGACCACCAUCCCCCUACAAGGCUGGGCUUUGGGCGGUGUCUCCACAAAGACCCUUAGUCUGCCCACUCGUUACCAAGCCUUUACUCCUGAUCGCAAACCUGCAUCAGAAGAGAGAGAAAGAGAAUGCCAACGCGGCACCCGACCCGCGCGGCGCACUUCGGAACAGGCGUCGGAGGCAGGCCUGGCGCCUGCCGCCGCCUCCUUCCGGCUCCCUGCAUCCUGCUCCUGCCCUUUGUCGUUCUGCUGCUGUUAUGGCCGGCUGCGGCGCAGCUGCCCUACCCGCUGCAGGGCUCGUCGCUGCCCACGCCGGCCGGCCCCGGCGGGCUGGCGGGCCCCGGCGGCGGCAAGGUUGACGUGAACGUGACAGCGCUUCUGGAGCGUGUGUAUGCCAUGGGCGCGGACAGCAGCACCUACUCGGCGAUGUGGUGGCUGGUGCUCACCUGGCGCGACCCCGCUGCCGGCGCCGCCGUCACGCAGCGCACGGCGCAGGUUCUGACCGGCUCCGACUCCUGCAACAAGACGUGCGACUACAGCGGCCUAGCCACGGCCGGCUGUUGCGACACCAUCUGGCUGCCGCACAUCGAGCUGCUCAACAUCGUGACGUACGAUGACAGCCAGCUGCCGCGCUACCGUAUCAACGCCAACGCCACCAGCGGCACCGUGACCUGGUCUACCCGCCUGGUCGGCACGUGGUAUGCUCCCUUCGACUUCCGCGCAUACCCCUUCGAGCACCAGCACCUGCUACUGGAGAUCUCCAUCGCCUCCUACCAGGCCCUGGCGGCGGGUCUGGUGUGGGAGCACGUGGCCAAGCUUAACAACACCGCACACACCAAGGGUGCUGACCUGGCCGGCUGGUACGUCAACUGGGGCAAGGGCAAGGUGUACGACACCAGGAGCUGCCAGAAGGAGGUCGGCACGGCGGAGCCCAGCUACGCUCUGGCCCCCGCCUCCGGCGCCCCGGGCGCGCCGCCGGCGCCCGCGCUGUACCAGUCCGUGACCACAGGCGACCGCUACCUGCCGCCCAACCCUGGCCGCGGCACCACUUCCCCGGACUGGUGCGGCACCUACGCCCCCCACCUGUACGACGAGGCGCGAGCGCUGUACGGCCCCGUCGUGCUGGUGGCGGAUAUCAUGAUCAAGCGCGUGUCGUCCUACUACGUACUGACCAACCUGAUCCCGGUGCUGCUGAUCACUCUGGUGGCGUUUGUGGUGUUCUUCAUGCCGCAAGACGCCCUGGGAGACCGCAUGAGUGUGGUUCUGACCAUGUUCCUGAGUCUGACGGCCAUGCAGUUCGUGUUCGACUUCCCGCCCGCCAACUACAUCAACGCCCUGCAAAUUGUGGUGUUGGUGUCGUACGUCAUGAUCUCCAUCGCCUGCAUCGAGAGCCUGAUCGUCAACCGCAUUGCCACCGUCAACCGGGUCGUGUCCAACAAGCGCACCUGCAUGCGCAAGUACGGGAAUAUGCUGGCCAAGGGCGGCAUUGCCCGCGACGCCAAGUUUGCGGGCGGCGGCGGCAAGGCGCACAGCGCCGCCAUUGCCGGCGGCGGCACAGGCGGCGGCGGCGGCCGCACCGCCAGCAGGCACCUGGGCGGCGCCAUUGGCGGCGUGCUGGGAGGCAUGCGGCGCGCGCCGUCCGUGCGCGGCGGCGCCACUGACGCCCCUGCGGGCGACGUGGAGUGCGGCCGCGUUGACUCAGCGCUGGAGGUUCAGCAGCAGGCGGCACAGCAACUCGCUAACUCGCCCUACGCCAACAUGACCGGCCGCUCGCCGUCCCGACCCGGACCCAGCAGCCGCGCCGGCGCUGCCACGCCUACCCCGCCCCGGGGCCGCCUGGUCACCACUUCCCGCUCGCCCCUGCGCACCACGAGCAACGGCAUCCAACACGCCAACAGCAGCGCCGCAGGCAGCGCCUCCGAGCGCGAGGACGUCUUCCCAGAGGACCCCGCCGUCAUGACCGCCCCCGCCCCCGUGAUCACAACCGAGCCAACCGCAGCAGCCACGGUGGCGGCUGGCGCCGCCUUUGCCGGCGGCGCCGCCCUCGCUGCGUCACCCUUUGCCUCGGCGCGCAACCAGCGGUCGUUUGCGGCGGGAAGCGACGCGGGCGGUCGGGGCGGCGGCGGCGGCCGCGAUGACGACCGUCGCAGUGAGGCGGGCAGCACCACCGUAAGCUCCACCACCACAGGCAAGGGCGGGCUGGUGUCGUGGUGGCGGCGCUGCGCCGGCGCCUGCUGCGGCCCACGCGGGCGCCUGCUGGCCUCGCUCCGGGCGUUUGGUGCCGCCAUGGUCGCCUGGCUAGUGGGCGUUACCCGCGCCCCCCGCCAGUUCUACCAACAGUGCAAGGAGGACCGCGCCUUCGCCGAGUUCAUCGCCGCCCGCAUUGACAAGUGGGCCUGCAUCUGCUGCGCCGUUGCCUACAUCGUGGUCAUCAGCGUCAUGCUGUGGUUUGAGGUGGAGGUGGGCGACCAUCGGCUCAUGCUGGGCGACCGCCCCGGCAACAUGUAGCGCGGCGGGACUCCCGGAGGCUGUCGGGCCCUGGCCUGUCAGGCUCCAGAAGCGUGAAGUGAGAGGAGCGACGUGGCGAAGGUGGAGGAGGUGGCCCAAGCCGAAUCACUCGGCCCCAGCAACUGCUUACAGUGUGCCCGCUGGCUGGGCGGCUGACAUAAUUUUGUUGUAUUGUGGACAUGUGUGUGGUUUGUUGAGACAGGGCAAGGGGGCAGGUUGGUGUUGGACAUGCGGUUAUCUUGCGUUUCAAGUGUUGUACAGCACUGCCAGGCAGCUAAUAGAGCUGAGCUUAUCAAGCGUUGCAUGUUAGCCUAUUGAGCUUAAGCCAUUGGGUUGCCGUACUGUUUGCAGGACAGUUAUGAGAGCGCGUACCUACCAGAUAUUGAAGUGGCGCAGAGUAUGUGCCGGGGAUUGCGCGUCGCUCACAUGCGUGGCAGUGGCACUGCGACAGUCCGUCUUCCCAUGGGCCCAAGCGCCUGGACGGGGGGGGGGGGCUAGCUAAGGACCCCGUUGACCCGAGACCAGGAGAAGAUGGAAAUGCCGCGGUGUCGGUAGCGUUCGUAUGAGUACUUGUGCAUCGCGCCCUAAUGCGCGCAUGCGUGUCGUGAGUCGUGACAUUGGAAACGUUACGAUGUGCCGCGUAGUUGGGGCCAGCCAGCCAGGCUUCAUGGCCCAGGGCGCAGUGUUUAGCAUGUGACGCUACAUAGGCGCGCAAGCAGCACAACAAUGGAGGAUGUGCGGGCAUCCAAUGGCAUUCGCUGUGCUCGCCGCACACGUUCUAGUUGGUGAGGCAAGUAGGCACGCAUUCCGAACUGCUGUCUAAACGCAAAUACGAACGCAUGCACGAACGCAUGCAUGUAGACAGGUGGUUAGGUAGAGGAGGUUGUCAAAUGGUCUGCAUUUUGUUGUACACGAGGUGUUCGGGAGCGCCGAGGGAGUUGUCAAGCGACAUAGGGCAGGGGUUGCCCGCGCUGGGUGCCGGCUGGGGUGUCGGGAAAACGACACUGCCUGUCACCCACCAGCCAAGGUGACAAGCUAAGGCCGUGGUGUCUGUAACAAAACUCGGCA